CUAACUCUGUCUCAGAUCUCUCACCUCAGAACAUGCACCAAUGCCUUCCAAUCAUAAAUACCCUCCAUCCCUCCCUCCCCACCCCUUGCCCUCACAACCAUAAUAACAUCCCUACAAAUAGCCUCCAAGAAACCAAGGCCAACACAGAGCAAUAGAAGAAAUGGAGAUAGAGUCAGUCAAGUGUGAGUGCUGUGGCCUGAGGGAGGACUGCACCCAGGAUUACAUUGCCAGUGUGAGAGCAAGCUUCUAUGGCCAAUGGCUGUGCGGGCUGUGCUGUGAGGCUGUGAGGGACGAGGCUAGCAGGAAGAAGACUCAUCCAGGCGUGGAGGAAGCUGUGAGGGCGCACAUGGCAUUCUGCAGGAUGUUCAAGUCGAACCCCGCCGUCCGAGUGGCUGAUGGCAUGCGCCAGAUGCUCCGGAGGCGGUCUGGCGACUUAUCGAAGCCAGACUCCUCCAAGAAGUACAGCACUGCGCAAGUUGGAGACGAUUCAUCCGUGUCACUAUAUUGAGAAGUACGCCAUCCUAUGGCUUGUAGACUGUCUAGUGCUCUUCUGAGGCUUAAAUCUCUUGUUCCUUUUGUCAGUUUUGGUGUAUGUUCUAUCAUGGAAAGAAUUUUGAAUGUACAUAAGUAUAAGAUUUCUUGAAAAUAGGUGCUAGUAUUGUUUGGCUUUGAAAUGGCGCUGCCUUCUUUUUAGUUUCA